AUGACCCCUAGAGUCCCACCCGAGCUGGAACGGUACAUCGUCGAGAUGUAUGCACUCGAAUGUCCCGGCCCGGAGCGCAUUCUUCAGCUGCUUCCCGUCUGCCAUCGAAUGCGAGCAUGGCUCGAGCCAGCACUGUACCGCACACUCAUAUUCAACGACGGAUCCGACGAGCAGAGACUGCCCUCCUGCGAGAUAGACGCGAUCGAGCGCGUAUCUUCUGCUUAUCCGGGCGCCUUGGAUACAGUUGUGAAGAAUAUUAUGCUGAUCGGGGAGCCGCGGGAUACUGUGGGGCGGGUGCUGAGCAGCUGCAACGGGGCGGAGAAUGUGUUCCUCGCUGGAUGCACCACUGACGGGCUGGAUUUGUCUCAGCUUUUUCCCUCCCUUCGAAGAUUACAUUGCACCGCGGAGACCUUGGAACUGCUCUCGUGGAAACCAGAAGUGCUAGGGUUUAAUUUCCCAUCUUUGACUCAUCUGGAGCUGUUCAACGUUGACAGCCCAUCCCACGGCGGUGUGACCCAAACUCUCCUCGGCCUGCUGAGCGAAGAGCACUUUCCACAUUUGGCACAUCUUGCGAUAAGCGCAACAGCCGUUAUCCGCUCCUUGCCCGAGGUCAUUCCGCACUUGCAGAGGUUGGAGAGUCUCGUCAUCGUAAGCGCUUAUCGCGUCGUCUCUCCGAACUCCCUCUCGGAAGACGACCGCCGGAUUUUGAUGACGGACAAACGAAUUGUUCUGGUGUCUGUUCCUGAUUACAUUGAAGACUGGCAAGAUGGGGUAUUGGGUCGGAACGACUAUUGGGCCAGGGCAGCUCGAAGGAUCGCCAACCGAUUAUCUGGCGCAGUUGAUGCGAGUCGCUAUGCCGUGAAUUUCGAUGAUGUGGAAUGA